UCUUCUGACAGCGAACUAAUCAAUCACGUGAAGUUAGUUGCGUUUCAUUCAAAUUCCGUACGCGCGCUUCUUCCGCUUCUCUUUCGCACCCUCUCUCUCUCAAUCUCGAGACAAUCGGGACAGCACGAUCACGAAUCUGAGUUUUUCUUACGAAUUUUAUCUCAAUAUGCAAUUAUAAGUCGCAGUCUGGAGAACACGCGUGUCAGAUUCACGAAGCUGAUAUGUCUGGUCUGUUAAUCACCAGUUGUCACGUUCGUUUAAUGAACCCUACGUGCCAUGACGAGCAAAUCGAUUCCGCAUUUCUACAGAUCUUGCGUAAAACGAUGAGUGUUGAUAUAUACUUAUAACAAAAUUGUGUAUACAAAAAUUCACAUCUCGCUCGGCGCCUUAUUAUAUAAAGGAGUAAAUCAAGCUGUUUCGAGUAAAACCGAGAGUCUCUCUUUUUUUUUUGGUACAAGGCCGGAUUCGUAAAAACUGAUUCCAGCUUAUCUCGUCAUUGGACAAUAGCCUUGAGUUUGAAGCUUCGAGGACGGCAUUCCCACAGAAGAAUGAGACCCGCGUUCGUUCUGUUAUUCGCUCUUGCGCUUUCCGCGCUCGUUUCGGGGACGGAGUACUACGCGGAGACGUUCGACAACCUGGACAUGGAUGCGAUUCUCCACAGCGAUCGUCUCUUCAAUCAGUACAUGGAUUGCAUUCUCGACAGAGGCCCAUGCACCGCCGAUGGACGCACCCUCAGACGCAUACUCCCGGACGCAGUGGCCUCAGUUUGCGCAAGGUGUAACCCGAGGCAGCAGGAGAUGGCGCAGAAGAUAGGCAAUCACUUGAGGAAUCAUAAACCGCAGGCUUGGGCGAAGUUUCUCCGUAAAUUCGACCCCAACGAAAAAUACGUUACAGCUUUCGAACAAUUCUUGGACUCGUAAUCUUCGCUUUGUUACGUAUGCUACUUAUAUGUACAGGAUUCUCCGUUCUGCAUGGAGAGAAUUUUUGAGUAACGCAGCGCGCUGGCGUAUUUGCGCGUUAAAAUCAUAUUAUUAUUACAUAAAAUCGAAAUUU